AUGGCCACCGCUACCAACCUCGGAUUCCCCCGCAUGGGCGCUAACCGUGACCUCAAGAAGGCCGUUGAGGCUUACUGGGGCGGCAAGAUCACUGCUGACAGCCUCCUGGAGACCGCCAAGGAGCUCCGCCGCUCUCACUGGAGCCUCCAGGCUGCCGCCGGCAUUGCCCAGGGCCACAUCCCCAGCAACGACUUCUCCUUCUACGACCAGGUGCUGGAUCACUCGGUCCUCUUCAGUGCCAUCCCCGAGCGCUACGCCGGCGUCCCCGUCAAGUCUGAGCUCGACCUGUACUUUGCUAUGGGCCGUGGUCUGCAGAAGAAGGAGGAGGGCAUCGACGUCCCCGCCAUGGAGAUGAAGAAGUGGUUCGACACCAACUACCACUACAUCGUCCCCGAGUUCAAGGCCGAUCAGACCUUUGCCCUCGGCGCCAACCCCAAGCCCGUCGCCCAGUUCCUCGAGGCUAAGGCUCUCGGCAUCGAGACCCGCCCCGUCAUCCUCGGCCCCAUCAGCUACCUCCACCUCGGCAAGCCCGCUCGUGGUGUCGCUGCCUUUGACCAUCUCUCUCUCCUCCCUGCCCUCCUCCCCGCCUACGAGGCACUGUUCGCUGAGCUCGCCAAGGCCGGGGCCCAGUGGGUCCAGCUUGACGAGCCCGUGCUUUGCCUGGAUCUCCCUGCUCACUACAAGUCUGAGUUUGCUGCGGCUUACGGCCGCCUCGCGGCCGCUGCCCCUGCUCUUAAAAUCCUGCUUGCUUCCUACUUUGGUACCAUCGGAGACAACCUCAACUCGGUCAUCUCCCUGCCCAUUGCUGGUCUGCAUCUGGAUCUUGUUCGUGCUGAGGGUGAUCUCGACACUGUUCUGGCCAGAAAGUCCGAGUUUAGCUUCAACCUCUCCCUCGGUGUCAUCAACGGCCGCAACAUCUGGAAGGCCGAUCUCGAGAAGGCCAUCGCCAAGGUCGACCGUGCUGUCGCUGCCCUCGGCGUCGACCGUGUCCUGGUUGCCCCCUCCUGCUCUCUCCUGCACAGCCCCCACGGUCUCGCUGCUGAGACCAAGAUGGACAAGCAGAUCCUGGAUUGGCUCGCCUUUGCCGUCGAGAAGCUCGAUGAGAUCUCUGUUGUCUCCCGCGCUGUCAAGAACGGUGCUCACUCUGUGAAGGAGCAGCUCGAGAGCAACAAAAAGUCGCUCGAGGCCCGCCGUGUCUCUUCCCUCAUCCACGACCCCGUCGUCCAGGCCCGCCACAAGGCCAUCACCCCCGAGAUGAUCAAGCGCCAGUCUCCCUUCCCUGCUCGCUACGCCGCCCAGCAGGCCCGCCUCUCUCUCCCUGCCUUCCCCACCACCACCGUUGGCUCCUUCCCCCAGACCAAGGAGGUCCGUGUUGCCCGCCAGAACCUCAAGAAGGGUGCCUACACCCAGGAGCAGUACGACGAGUUCAUCAAGCAGGAGAUCCAGAAGUGCAUCAAGUUCCAGGAGGAUGUCGGUCUCGAUGUCCUCGUCCACGGCGAGUUUGAGCGCAACGACAUGGUCGAGUACUUUGGUGAGAACCUGAAGGGCUACGCCUUCUCUGCCAACGGCUGGGUCCAGAGCUACGGCUCCCGCUGCGUCAAGCCCCCGAUCAUCUACGGUGAUGUCUCCCGCCCCGUCGCCAUGACCGUCGAGUGGACAAAGUACGCCCAGACCCUGACCACCAAGCCCAUGAAGGGCAUGCUCACUGGUCCCGUCACCAUGCUGUGCUGGUCCUUUGUCCGUGACGACCAGCCCCGCCGCAUCACCACCGAGCAGCUUGCCCUCGCCAUCCGCGACGAGGUCCAGGACCUCGAGGCCGCCGGCAUCCCCGUCAUCCAGAUCGACGAGCCCGCCAUCCGCGAGGGUCUUCCUCUGCGCCGCUCUGACUGGACCGCCUACCUGCGCUGGGCUGCCGAUGCCUUCCUGCUGUCCUCCACCGGUGUCCGCGACGACACUCAGAUCCACACCCACAUGUGCUACUCGGACUUCCAGGACAUCUUCACUGCCAUCAAGGAUCUGGAUGCCGAUGUCAUCACCAUCGAGUCGUCCCGCUCGGAUCUCAAGCUCCUCUCGGCCUUUAACGGCGACUCGUACCCCAACGCCAUCGGCCCCGGUCUCUACGACAUCCACUCUCCCCGUGUUCCCUCGACCGAGGAGAUGCACCACCGCGUCAAGGAGAUGCUCAAGUACAUGGACUCGAAGCUCCUGUGGAUCAACCCCGACUGCGGUCUCAAGACCCGCGGCUGGACCGAGACCGAUGCUGCCCUCCGCAACCUCGUCGAGGUCGCCAUCCGCAUGCGUAACUAA